UGCGCUUCUGUGAUUGCUGCCAGUGAAAUGUUACAAUUAGCCCAAUCACAGCCCUCGAUCCGAGAUGUCACUGCGGGCGAGUCAGAAGGCUUGGUAAAACAAGACAGUCGCUCCUUGCGCCCCGGCAUAGCGCCAUACACUCAAAUCCCUGCCCAGUUACUCAGUUGUCAGCUCGGAACCUGCAAACUCGAAAAGCACCCUCUCUCUCUUAUCCCCUCUCGUCGCAGCAUCACACAACGCCUUUCAGAUGGGAGCAUCGCACUGAUCUACAGCGCGACACACACAGCCUCUUGCGGAAUCCUACAGUGCAGCGAUUUUCAAGGCAUAAGUGCGUCCGCGUUUGGGAUGGGAGGUGUUGCGAUCCCACCGGGUCUGAGUCCACUCGGAGCGGCAUAGUGGCUGGAGGGACUCGCUGAUCGGAAGUGUUGUUGGGAUCCUGCUGCUAUUUCCUUUCGCGCUGGAUUCUCAUGCUUUUGACUAACACGUCGCUGCGGAGGAUUUAGAACGGACCAAUUCAUAAAGAAGCAUCACAACCCUGUGGAUUAGGAUACCAAAAGGUGUUUCUUUUUACGCAUCUCGUUGUCAUUUGGAAGUAAAGGAGUUGGGAUUCAUCGGAACGUGCCUGUUACCGCAGUGUCAAUGCGACUGCGGCUGUAAACUGAUAUCCGCAGCGAUUACAGGUAUAGAAUGACCUCAAUCCCAAGAGAGGCCUGAUCACGGAUUGGCUGAGAGUACUGGACCGAGCCCCUUCUAGCCCUCCCUGACACCGCGGACCAUGGAGUCCCACCACACCAGGACACGGACUUUCUGUCUUACCCUAUGCUGCUUCCUGUUUGCCCUGGCCAUCCCUCUCUUGUUGGCAUCCAGGCCCCUCCCCCAUGCCCCAGACGGCGUCACUAUCAUCACUGCCUCCAUCGACGCAGCUGAGGAGGAGGACUAUAGCACGUUCAGCACCGAGAACCCUGAGUGGAAGUUCAACCACGUGGCCGUGGACGAACGCAACGGCAACGUGUACCUGGGAGCGGUCAACCGCAUCUACAAACUCUCCCCCGACCUAAACGUACAGGUGUAUCACGAGACUGGCCCCGACGAGGACAACCGCAAGUGCUACCCGCCACGCAUUGUGCAGCCCUGCAGCGAGCCGCUGUCCCUCACCAACAACGUCAACAAGAUGCUGCUGAUGGACUACCGGGAGAACCGGCUAUUAGCCUGUGGUAGUCUCUAUCAGGGCAUCUGUAAACUCCUCCGUCUGGACGACCUGUUCAAGCUGGGAGAGCCCUUCCACAAGAAGGAGCACUACCUGUCCGGGGUCAACGAGAGCGGUUCGGUGUUCGGCGUCAUCGUGUCGUACGGGGACUCUUCGCCCGACAAGCUGUUUGUGGCCACGGCAGUGGACGGCAAACCCGAGUAUUUCCCCACCAUCUCCAGCCGCAAGCUGGCGCGCAACUCGGAGGAGGACGGCAUGUUCGCCUACGUCUUUCACGACGAGUUCGUGGCAUCCAUGAUCAAGAUCCCGUCAGACACGUUCACCAUUGUGCCUGACUUCGACAUCUACUACGUCUACGGAUUUGGCUCGGGUAACUUCGUCUACUUCCUCACGCUGCAGCCGGAGAUGGGGAACGGGCCGGCCACCGGCUCCUCCUCCACGGGGCGAGAACAGGUGUACACUUCUAAAAUAGUCCGUCUGUGUAAAGACGACACAGCCUUUAACUCGUAUGUGGAGGUACCCCUGGGCUGUGUGAAGGGCGGCGUGGAGUACCGUCUCCUACAGGCGGCCUACCUCUCCAAGGCGGGUGCCAUAUUGGGGCGCUCGCUAGGUGUGGGGCCCGACGAUGACGUCCUAUUCACCAUCUUCUCCAAGGGCCAGAAGCGGCGGCCACGCGAGGCUUCGCAGGAGUCAGCGCUGUGCGUGUUCGCCCUGCGCGAGAUCAACGAGCGCAUCAAGGAACGACUGCAGUCGUGCUACAAGGGCGAGGGCACCCUGGACCUGGCCUGGCUCAAGGUCAAGGACAUACGCUGCAGCAGCGCUCUCUUAACCAUCGACGACAACUUCUGUGGCCUGGAUAUGAACGCUCCGCUGGGGGUGUCAGAGAUGGUGCAGGGCAUCCCUCUGUUCUCUGACUCCACCGACAAGAUGACCUCGGUCAUCGCCUAUGUCUACAAGAACCACUCUCUGGCCUUCGUGGGCACCAAGAGCGGGCGCAUCAAGAAGAUCAGGGUGGACGGGCCUUCCCACGGUGCAUUGCAGUAUGAGGUGAUCCAGGCAGUGGAGCGAGGGCCAAUCCAACGGGACAUGGCCUUCUCCCCCGACCACCACUUCCUAUAUGCCAUGUCAGAGACACAGAUGACGAGGGUACCAGUGGAAGCCUGUGGCCAGUACUCCACCUGCAGCGAGUGUCUGGGCUCAGGAGACCCUCACUGUGGCUGGUGUGUCCUGCACAACAUGUAAGUGCAAUACAAAGCAAUUUA